ACUACACAUGCUUCAUAACCUAAUACUUCUGAUUGGAAAGUUGUAAUCACGCUCAUUUUGUGUCUAGUGCCAAAUAACAUUAGAAACAGGUAUAAUAAUAUUAUUGGCUUUAUUUGAUGUAAAAUUAAUAAUUUUCUUGUGAGAACUUGGAUUUAAUAUUCUAUUUGGCACAUGCGUUCGUAGUGAAUGUAAAAAAUCCGUCUGCAAUGAGUGAGCAAUUUGUGGGGUGUACAGUUUCAAUUACGUGCAUUGAAGAAAUCGGAACGUACCAAGGUCAGAUUGUAGACCUUAAUGACCAAGUUGUGACGUUGACAAAACCAUUUUGCAAUGGUGUACCGCAUUCUUCUGCUCGAGUUGCAUUAAAAGCAAAAGAUAUAUUGAAUAUUGCAAUUAUAUCAACAGAAGAAGCAGGUAAAACAAUUCCAGAAUCUCAAACACAAAGUAAAGUCAUUGUUAAAAGACCUAUAGCAAAAAGACUAGGAAAAUCUGCUUCAGAGUACACACCAGCUCCCAUUGUACCUGUUGGAUUGCAAUUACAACCCAAUUUGAAAAAGUCAGUUGAAUCUACGUUUCAAGGGGAAAUUCCAAUGAAUGGGAAAGUUGGACCGGGUGAAGGUAUUCAUAAACUAAAUCCAAAGAAACUCUCUCACAGGCAGAGGCGAAUUGAGAGAGAUGAACAGGCAUUUGGAACACCUAUCGACAAAUGUUUAAAACAAGAUUUUGACUUUGAAAAAAACUUGGCAUUAUUUAACAAAGAGGCUGUCUGGCAAGAAAUAAAUUCUUCGAGGCCCGACAUCGUUCGACAAUCGGAAAGUAAUAAGGUCAAUAAAGCCAGGUAUCGACAUGAUGAAAACAUAAUUGAGUCGGAGCCUGCUGCUUUUCGACAGAUAAUAGUCCCGUAUCCGGAUACAAAAGAAUACGUAACGGAUGAUGGCUUAGUAAUCCCCAGUAUUACAUUAGAUCUUCAUCGUCAAUUAAUCGGUGCAGCAGACCGCCUUGGAAUAAGUUGGGAACGAAGGGUAGAGUUAUUCGGUCGUGCCGGAACCGAAAUCAUCCUGCAACUUCUGGGUGGUGGACAUCGUUUUAAUCCGAAUAAUGCUCAUCAAUGGCCUACAGUUGUUGCCCUGUGUGGACCUCAUAGAGUAGGUGCUGCAGGUGUUAAUUGUGCGCGACAGCUAUCUAGUCACGGUGUUAAGACUGUGGUUUACAUAGAGAAUUCAGAAGAUGUGUUUCUGCUUCAAGAAUUGUCUUUAUAUAAAUUAACAGGUAACAAAGUAGAAUCGGAUGUUAAAAGAUUACCUACUGUUGUAGACCUAAUAGUAGUUGCUCUCUGCGAAGAAAACUCUUCGAAUACUGUAAAAUCAGUUACCAGAUGGGCAAACAAUAACAGGGCACCAAUUUUAGCAAUAGAACCGCCGUCCUGUGGCACGCCUGGCGUAUUGAGUAAGUUCAGUAUGUUAGGAGCUUUACCAUUGGCUCACUGUGCUGACAACGGUAGAUUAUAUUUAUGCAAUCUUGCGUUGCCGAAUAAAGUUUUUUCCGAUGUUGGAAUCACUUACAGAUCACCAUUCGGUCCUAAGUUCGUCAUUCCUUUACAUACAAACAAUUCUUAACAAAUUUUUUAUAUAUUUGCUUCUUUUGUAUUAGGACUUCCAAGAGAAACAUGAAACUGUUAUUUUAAUAAUUUUUAGUUAAUAACAUGUAUAAAUAAUGUCAACAUUUUUUCCAUUAUAAACAAUACAAACUCAUAUAAUGACAAAGGGGAAAUUUAUCCAUCAGAAUAUAAUACACAUUAUUGUAUCUAUAUUAAGUAGAUUCCUAAAAAACUCUAUCUGAUAUGUUACACUGAUAUAAAGCAUUAUUUCUUAAGUAUAACAACUGAACACAUGGAAAUUGUCCUGUCUAUGUUCAACUUUGGCAAAGUGCUGUGCUAUUAGAUAGUAGUUUAUGGGUAAAAUGUUGUCAUUUGAAUAAAUAUUUACAGAGGGGGAGUUUCUGAAAUUUUUUGGAUUUUCGUGGAUAUCGUGUAUUUUUAAUUCUUCUAGUGAGAAUAAAAAAUGUUCAUCUAAUACAGUUUUGAUAUUGUUUAAACAUCCGUUCCAUUGAUCCUAAGCUAUUUUGGAAAAAACACACCUUUAACUUUCAAAAAUGAAAAUCAUAUACAAAUUUGACUUUUUGUUUUGUUUAAAAAGGCAUAUUUUCUUAUACUUUUUUUUAUCUCAAAAGGAAGUUUAGGUUAAAGUGAAUAUUGACGAAAAUCAUUAUAACUAUCUUAAAGUAUAUUUUUGAAAUUAUGCAAAAAAGUACAUUUCUUUAAAAAAUAUAUCUAUUAGAAAAUUGAAAGGGGUCAAUAUAGUCAAUUUUAUAGUUGAAAUUUUUGGGACAAAGUACAUAAAAAAAGUUCUUUUUCAUACGAAAGCUAAUUUUAUUUUCAAAUUAUACUUAAAAAUCAUUGGAAUAUUAAUUAUCGCAGCAGAAUAAACAAAAUGUAGGUUAAAACAAUUAUUCGAAUUCCGCAAGUAUUGGAGCGUUUUGUAUGGCGUUUUUAUGACUCUAAUUAAUAGACAGAAUAAGCACCUGACUCUUUUCUUUAAUUUGAAGCUCAUUGGAUCAGGUUCAACAGAUGCUGUAAUUGAUGUACCACUAAUAUUUAUUCAUACUUCUGUCGGUGCAACCUAAUCACUACUGCCGGGUCUGGCACGCACUGCUGUGAUCUAUACUUCCUUUUUAUAUGUUUAACCAAAAA